AUGCAGGACAUCCCGAAGUUUCGUAACCUCUCGCUAGAGAGGCAUGGAAAUGUCUUCAUUUUGACUAUGCAAAAGCUUCCUGAGAAUCGCUUGAAUUCUUGGUACUGUCAGGAGAUGAUUCGAGCCUAUCGCACAGUUGAGAAGCUGCUAGGCUCGAAUUCUGAAGGAGCUGUCAUUACCCGGGGUAGCGAUACCAAAUUCUGGUGUACUGGAUUGGAACUGGAUGAAUCCGAUACGAAUCCCUUUGCUAAUACAGAUGGAUUCUACCCGCUCAUUCACACGAUCCUUGACUUCCCAUUUCCUACGAUUGCCUUAUUAACUGGACAUACAUUUGGCGGCGCUUGUCCCCUUGCUUUGGCACAUGAUUACCGUAUCAUGAACUCGCGUCGGGGGUUUAUCUCCAUGCCACCGGUGAACCUCGGUUUGCACUUCGAUGGAAUUGGUUCACUUCCAAGACUGAAACUUCGUCCUCAAGUUGCGCGCAAGAUGCUCCUGGAAGCACACAAAUGGACAGGACAGGAAGCUUUAGAAGAUGGUAUUGUAGAUGCUAUUGCUGAACCAGAGCAAAUGCUCAAUGCUGCCCUCGAGCUUGGGGCAAAGUGGGCACCGAAGGCGAAAAUGGGGGUAUACGCACUUCUACGCCAAGAGCUCUGGGGAGAUGCAAUCAAGAAAUUUCAGCGUAUCAGCUAUGUACAUAGUCGAAUGACCUCUGCUCCCGCCAAGGCUAAAAUAUAA